AUGGCGCGCGGGGAGGGGCAGGUCAACCUCGAUCGCAUACUGGCCCGCAAGCCGCUCUACCCAGCCGAGCGCCAGGCAGCGCCGGCGACAGUUUGCGUGACAGGUGGGGCCGGCUACAUCGGGUCACGCAUUGUUGCGCGGCUGCUGGCGGCGGGCCACACCGUGCACGCCACCCGGCGGGCCAUCGGGGACGACGACGCGGCCAUCGAGGCGCUGCAGGCGCUGCCGGGAGCAAAGCAGCGGCUUCGCUGGUUCGAAGCCGACCUGAAGCAGGCAGGCAGCUUUGAUCCUGCUGUGGCCGGCUGCAGGUAUGUGAUCCAUGCUGCCGGCGUGGUGAGCCUCAACGCCCCCAAGAAGGUCGCCUACUCGCAUGUGAUCGAGCCCACGCUGCGCGGCAUCGAAAACGUGCUGAGCGCUGUGAACAAGACAGCCAGCGUGGAGAAAGUGGUGCUCACCUCCUCGCUGGCCGCCAUCUCUGCCGAGUUCACCGAGCGUGGCCCGGGGCAUGUGUACACGGAAGCCGACUGGACCACCAACUUUUGCGACCUGGAGGAGCCGUAUGUGACGUCAAAGGCGCUGGCGGAAUGGCAGGCCUGGGCCAUCGCCUCCCAGCAGGACCACUGGCGCCUGGUGGCCAUCUGCCCCAGCCACGUGUAUGGCCCGCCGCUCACCGCCAACCUCAAGUGUGCACCAGUGGCCACCAUCAAGAACCUGCUGGACGGCACCUGGUGGCCCUUCACUGCCCCCACCGGCCUUGGCAUGGUGGACUUGGAUGAUGUGGCGGCGGCGCACGCGCUGGCCAUGGUGUUGCCUGAGGCGCAGGGGCGCUACGUGUUGUGCGAGCGCUUUGCCCUCAUCUACAGGUGGGUGAAGACGAUGUGGCGCCAGCGGGCAGAGGUGGACUGCAGCAAGGCUCGUUCCGAGCUGGGCCUGAGCUUCAUCCCUCUGGAGCAGAGCCUGCGCGACUUUGCUGAGCGGCUCAUCGAGCUGGGCGUGCUGCCCCGCCUGCCUGCCGCUGGAGGCGCCGUCGCGGCGAAGUCGAAGAAAGCUGCAUAG